AUGUCUAGUUUCAACAUGUCUUUCUCCCCGGCUCGAUGCAUGCAUACAAUUUUCCUCUUCCUAGCAUACUCGUGUCUCGUGUAUGGGUCAACUGCGAUACAACACCUAGGUCCCCGGGUAGCCAUGUCUCAAGUUAUUCCAUCAUGUGCAUUAACUUGCGUUGAUGCAUUUGUUAAAUCGCAAUAUAGAACCAACAUAUGUUCUGAGCUAUCGGAUUUGAACUGCCUUUGCACAACAAAUACCACAAGCGGGUUCACCUUCGCGGAAGCGGCUUUGCAAUGUACAAUCUCCUACUGCCCAAGUGAAGUGACAUCAGAUUCGGGUUCGAUCGUGUACAACAUUUGUGAAUCGGUUCCUGGGGCUCUUCCAAGGACGCAUUCUGUCAUAACGGCUACGGCAUAUCUCGCUGGAGGUACUACAAUUCCAGUCAUGAGUACCGGAGUGUCUAGCCCUAGCUUGACCUUCUAUUCCACUUCUACCGACUUUCCUGCCGGAUAUGUACCUACCAGCUCUCCACUGCUCCUAUCAGUACCAUCAACGAUGAAAAUGACAAUGAUAACGACGGCGGAUAUACCCGCUACCAUGACAGCAUCCCCAAGUACCGAUGGCGACCAGUCAAUGCUCCCCAGUGUCACCUCUUCGUCUAGUUCCACACCUAGUGCUGGGAUCUCGCAUUCGCACUCCCUUAGUUCAGGUGCAGUGGCUGGUGUUUCGGUGACUACAGGAGUCUUUGCUUGCGUCGUAAUUGUGAUCGCUGUGGUUUAUUAUAUCAGGAAGAGAGGGAAAAGAGGGGAAAGUCAGAGAGUUAUGGACCAGGGUUUCUCUGAAACUGAGGGAGCCGCAUCGGGACCCCAUGGUUCUACUCGACCGCCUCCUAGACGUCCAUUCUCAUUCCACAAACUGCCAGCGAGUUCGAAUGGCGCAAGUCAAGAGACGUUGAACUCAAAGAGACCACCUUUCCGGGCGAGUGCCCAUGAUUCAUUUGCAAUCCUGACCGGACAGGCUGCGGAUAGAUUUAUGAAAAUAGAGGAAGCAACACAUUCAGCCUUCCCAGCUCGCUCUGGUCCUGAAACAGAAGCGUCUAAAUCACUUUCCGAUCCACCAAUGAAUGAACUGCGCCCAAGACCUUUGAGGAUUAGUCGUCAAAGACAUCCUAGACCUGAAAGCGAAUUGACCGUAUUUGAAGAGGACAUGCAAGGGCGCCUGAGCAUGGCCCCGAACGGGUUAAAUGGGCACGCAGGUUUGCUCGAAAUCAAUCGAUCCUCAGCGGUCGGACUGCCCGCGCAUCCCCGUGCUACGAAGGACCAAGGGAGGGCUGUACGAGGAUUGGGCGUUCAAGGCCCUAGCCAGCAAGCAAAACCGGUGCACCCGGGCCCUGGAGGGAAGCCUCAAGUUGCUAGGGUAACUUCUGAAGCUGAUAGUGGGGAGAAGCCUCUGCCAAGAGUCCCGGAGCUAGAUAGAAAUUCCGGUCCAGCAACCAGGUCUGAGCUGGGUGAUCUAAACGAAGGACAGAGGUCUCGUCAGGAUUUUGAGUCUAUUCCCAGGGAGCGGCUUAGCCCUGGGAAGGUUGCAGCACCAACUGGAAUGCAAGAGAUAGGAGACCAUUUUCAUUCUACCACUCGCAUGCGUUUCAGGCCAUAUCAUCCCGACUCUAUCAAUCCGUCUCCGAAUGCCAUUUCACAGACUCGGAGUAUACAAGAUGACAAAAUCAUGAGAGUUCGGGUUGGGCAAGGCCAGCAACAGCCGAACGAAAGAAUAACACCUUUUUCACCAGAUGAUUUCUGGAGAAUAUCACGCGACCAGCCUCCACAGCGGAACGUUGAGAUGCAAGCCAUACUCCCCUUUCCUCUAUCUUCUUCAAAUACGCCGGUCGGGGUCUCGGAUGGUGGUCAUUUAGCUAAUCACCAGGCAGAGCAUCGUCAGUCUGGGCUCGGGCUCCUAACAGUGAGAGCCUUAAAAGACUACGACUAUGCCCAACCCGCUAAUGAUCAUCAGAAUGACUAUAGAUUGCCGUUUGACGGACCUUCUGACCGUGGACCGAGGGCGAGGAGUAGAACUCCUACGCUGAGCGGCCUGCAAAGUCAAGAAGCAACAAGAGAAUCACCAUCAUCACGACUGUCGCGCAAUCUAACUCCCAUUUGGAGAGGGUCAGACAUGAUCAUCGCGGUAGACUAA